AGUUUUUUUUAUUUAUAACACUUUCCUUUUCCUGUUGGACUAACACAGAAAAGCCUAGCUAGACUAGAGUAACUGAAGUCUGUGAAAGAACAAAGCUGAGGCUGGCUUGAAAAUGCCUAGUACAAUUAACCAACCACUCGGUAGUGAAAAUGAGCAGAGAAUAAAAAAGAACUGGACUUUUUUAAAAACAGAACUACUGCAGGAUGACAUAAGAGAUAAGUUUAUGGAAGAAGGAAUCUGGGACCUCCCCGACUUUGAUGAAAUAGACGCCGGGAAUGUUCCACAAAAACAGAAUGAAAUUUUCCUUAAACUCCUCUUAAGAUCUGGACCCAGAGCAUACAAUGUUUUUUUGGAUGCAUUAAGAGAAAAACAUUCAGAUCAUAUUAUAGAAAAACUUGAAAGUACACAGAUUAGUGCGAGUGACCAGGCAGGGGGAGUGGACCAUUUAGGAGAAUUAUCAGAUGAACAGAAAUCCCAUAUCCUCACGGAACAGAAUCUGCUCAAAUUCAACAAAGUUGUUGGAAGUGAUAUAGAAAUUUUAGGGAAGACUUUAGGACUUGCACAAGCAGACAUUGACGUAGCAAGGAUGGAAAAUACUCAUUCUGCCGCAACACAAAUCCAUAAAGUGAUUCUUAAAUGGAAGCACAAAAAUGGAAGAAACGCAUCAUUGGGUACGUUUACAAGAUUAUUAAUGGAUGCAGAAAAUGCAGGAGCAAGAGUGGAUUGGGACAAGUUUGAUGAGGGAGUGAGCGGCAUCUGAUAUUGGAGACAGAACUCUAGUUAAUGUGGUCCCUGUAAACUGUUAAACAAAUGUAUUCUGCCUUAUAGCGGGCAGCUGUGGAAAUUAAUACUAGUGUUGAAUACAGGACAAUAAAAUUUAGGCAAAUCAAUGUGAUCAUGUGUUAUAAAAUUCAAUCAAAUCAAUGUGAUCAUGUGUUAUAAAAUUCAGGCAAAUCAAUGUGAUCAUGUGUUAUAAAAUUCAGACAAAUCAAUGUGAUCAUGUGUUUUAAAAUUCAGGCAAAUCAAUGUGAUCAUGUGUUAUAAAAUUCAGGCAAAUCAAUGUGAUCAUGUGUUAUAAAAUCAGACAGAUCAAUGUGAUAAUGUGUUUUAACUGCUGUAUACAGGUACAUGUAUAUCUAUAAGCUGCAUAAAAAAUGUAAAGCACUGGUCAUUUAUUUAAUUACUUCAUUUGAAGGACACAUCAAAAAUUCAUUUUUUUUUUUUAGCAUGUUCACAUAAUAUCAUAUAUUAUGUGAUUGUAUAAAGAUUUUUUUUCUGUUUUUUUUUUUUUUUUUUCAUGUCACAGAAUUUUUUUUUUAAUAUUCUCUUAUAUUUAUUACUUUAUUCUUUAUGUGCCCAUUCGUUUGAUACUCUUAUCUUAUUUCAUUGUUUUGAUUUAAUAAAAUUUAAUUGAU